UCUUUACUCAUGAAAUUCCGUUUUCCUACACCCCUGCCCCAAGCCCCAGAGUCCCUAUAAAGAGGGGUUCCCAACUCAGAUCAGCACAACGCUCAGCCAGAUUCUGACGCUUCUGGGCUCUGCAGGCUCAGCUCUCUGCAAACCUCUCCCCCAGCGACGCCAUGAAGCUCUGCGUGUCUACCCUCUCUCUCCUCCUGCUUGGGGCUGCCUUCUGCACUCCAGGGCUCUCAGCACCAAUGGGCUCUGACCCUCCUACUUCCUGUUGCUUCUCUUACACCUCUUGGAAGCUUCCUCGGACAUUUGUGAUAGAUUACUAUGAGACCAGCAGCCUUUGCUCCAAGCCAGCUGUGGUAUUCCUGACCAGAAAAGGCAGGCAAGUCUGUGCUGACCCCAGCGAACCCUGGGUCAACGAGUAUGUGAAUGAUUUGGAGUUGAACUGAGCUGCUCCAGGCUCAGGACAGGAGCAACCACUUCAGGAAAAGCCUCCCAAGUCCUGGAACUUCUCAUUAAGAAGAACCUUGCUCCUUACAUUCAGAAUUUACGUCCUAUUUCUUAAUUUAAAUCUUUAUGUAGACUUUGUUAUUUUAUUUGGUAUUAUUUCUAUUAUUUAUGUUUAGUGAAAGGACAUGUGUCUCCCAUGGAGAUGGUCCACCUUUGCUGUUCCUCUGCUACUGUGGGUUUGAUCAUAUAACUGAUUUGAUGCAUUUUCAUAAUAAAUCUUUCUUUGAAAUACA